AUGUCACUGGCGUCUGCGGUUACCUCCUCUGCUGAAGGUUUGCUGCUGGCUCGCGCCUCCGUCCGGCGUGGUGCUUCGUCCUCUUCGCGCGUGUUCGGUGCUGCUGCACCCUCGUCAUCGUGCCGCCGAGGCACUCAUCACAUCAGCAGCACGGCUGCUUUCACCUAUCCGGCUGCCGCCACUGCCGCCGCUGCCACCGCCUCCGUCUCCCACUCGAACAGGAACGAUCGCGUUGUUACCGCGAGACCUGCUUCCCGCACCGCCAUGAGCACUGCUGUUGACGCGGCUGCUACGUGCAGCAGCAGCACCCUAGACACGCUGCCGUUCGACAACAGAGUGAUUCGCGAGUUGCCCGUCGACCCCAUCACCGACAACUACGUCAGGAGGGUGGAGAAUGCUUGUUUCUCUAUCGUCGCCCCCGACCCGGUGGUGAAGCCGGUGAUGGUGGCAGCGUCCAACUCUGCGCUCGGGCUGCUGGGCCUUGCGGCGGAGGAGGGGCAACGGGAGGAUGCAGCGGAGUAUUUCAGCGGAAACAAGCUGAUGCCCGGCGCACAGCCUCAUGCCCACGCCUACUGCGGGCACCAGUUCGGGUCCUUUGCGGGUCAGCUGGGCGACGGGGCGGCCAUGUACCUGGGCGAGGUAGAGGGACCCUCUGGGAGGUGGGAGAUUCAGUUCAAGGGCGCCGGGCUUACCCCGUACAGCAGAAGCGCUGACGGUCGAAAGGUCCUCCGAUCGUCCAUCAGGGAGUUCCUGUGUUCGGAAGCGAUGCACUUUCUUGGCAUCCCCACCACGAGAGCUGCGGCCCUGGUGACCAGCGACACCAAGGUUCGGCGGGACGUCUUCUACACGGGCAACGUCAUCCAGGAGCGAGCGUCGAUCGUGACGAGGCUGGCGCCGACGUUCCUGCGGUUCGGAUCGUUCGAGAUCUUCAAACCCAGGGACCCGCGCACGGGCAGGGACGGCCCCAGCGCCGGUAAUGAUGCCCUCCGCCUGCAGAUGCUCGAGUACGCCAUCGGCCGCUUCUUCCCGGGCGCGGCGGCCGCGGGUCCCGAGGGGUCGAAGGCGCGCUACCUCGCCAUGUACGAGGAAGCCGUCCGCAGCACGGCGGAGCUAGUGGCCAAGUGGCAGUGCGUCGGCUUCACCCACGGGGUUCUCAACACGGACAACAUGUCCAUCCUCGGCCUCACCAUCGACUACGGGCCGUACGGCUUCAUGGACUUCUUCGACCCCAAGUUCGUGCCCAACGGGUCGGAUGGAGGGGGGAGGUACUCCUACGAGAGACAGCCGGAGAUGUGCAAGUGGAACCUGCACAAGUUCGCGGAAGCGGUUGCGCCGGCGCUGCCGCUGUCGGACUCUACGGCCGCUCUCGAGAAGUACGACGGCCUCUUCAAGGGGUACUACGAGGAGGGGAUGCGGAGGAAGCUCGGGCUGUUCUCGGUGGAGGAAGACGACGACGGGCUGUUCGAGUCGCUUUUCGCGACCAUGGCGGACACCUCGGCAGAUUUCACGGGAACGUUCCGGGAACUGGCGCAGCUGGUCCCCGGUGGCGACGUGGACGCGGUAUCGAAGGCGCUCGCCGCGCAGUGCGCCGGCCCGAAGAUCAAGGCCAAGGCGUUGCGGCGCGCGGUGGACAUUGGCCGCCCGAGCAUCCCUCCCCAGCAGCUACAGGGGCUGUGGGCCAUGGCGCAGGAGAACCCUGAGGCUCUCGCGCAACGCUUCAGCGCCCCCAAGGAUGCAGUGAUCGCCGAGCUCCGAGAAGAGAUGCAGAAGCUCUCCAACUACGAUGCGGCGCAGCAACGACUCAAGGACAUGGAGGCGCUCGAGGAGGACGGCNNNGAGGCCAUCGAGGACGCGGAGAAGGGGGACUUUUCGGGCGUCCAGCGCGUCCUUCGAUUGCUCGAAUCGCCGUACGACCCCCCUGCCGACGACGGAGAGGGAUCCUCCUCCCCGGGCGGGAAGGACUACUUGCGCGCCACGCCUGACUGGGCCGCUGAUCUCGUGUGUACCUGCUCGAGCUGA